UGCCAUGAUGGUGCAAGGCCAUGGCUACGACCUGGCGGUCCCUGAGAUAUGAACUCAUGUGAGAGAUAUAUCUGGAGCUUCCACUCCUUUAGAGCGUGUGUCCGGAGUAUCGAUUCACGAGUUUCACUACACACACAACUUGUCGUCUGUUCGGGUCAUCCUUAUCACACAACAUGGCGAUCAAAAGCAGAUUCAUUGGUCAGACUGGUGCAGUCAUGGGAUUUCUACCAGACGUGCAUCGCAACAAUGUUACGGCGUUUAUCUCUGAACUCGCCGGCACGUUUAUGUUUCUGUUCUUUGCAUUUGCAAUUGCACAAGUUGCACAUACUCCACCACCAACGGACGCCGAUGCUUCACCAAACUUGUUGGUGGUCUUCUUUAUCGCUCUUGGAUUCGGCUGUUCGGUUGCGGUCAAUGUAUGGCUCUUUUAUCGGGUCAGUGGAGGAAUGUUCAAUCCAGCUGUCACGCUUACUCUAUGCCUCAUUGGUGCUGUCCCUGCCUCACGUGGAUGUCUCGUCUUUCUUGCACAAAUUAUCGGCGGGAUAGCUGCUGCUGGAGCCGUAUCUGCUACACUACCAGGUCCUAUGGCUGUCAACGUUCGCUUGGGGGGUGAAUGCUCGGUCACUCAAGGACUUUUCAUUGAGAUGUUCACCACUUUGCAGCUGGUAUUCUCGGUCAUAAUGCUGGCAGCCGUGAAACACAAAGGGACGUUUCUUGCACCCAUUGGGAUUGGGAUUGCUCUUUUCAUUGGACAUAUGCUCAGUAUUUACUACACUGGCGCGGGUAUCAAUCCUGCUCGUGCGUUCGGCCCGGAUGUCGUCAGUCACAGUUUUCCUGAUUAUCAUUGGAUCUAUUGGGUGGGACCGAUGCUGGGUUCUCUCGUGGCUACGUUCUUCUUCUAUGUCCUUCGCGUCUUUGAAUGGGAGAGCGCCAACCCGGGGCAGGAUUUCGAUGAUCUUGAAGUUCAGAUGCUAUCACCACAUAAGAAGACUUCAAGACCAAAUGUUGCCCAUGCGCCACCAUCAUCAAUGGGAAGUACUCAAGGGUCAUUUUCCUUGUACAAAGAGGGUACAGCAGAAGGGAUCAGUCCUAGCAAUUCGGCGCCUCAACGGACAUCAGCCCUCUAAAAAUGCAGAAAAAGAGUCCCAUGCUCUUUCUAGAGACAAAAGUGCAACAUGCUGGUGAGCCUGUCAAAGUACAACAUCUAGAAUAUCAGGUCUAAU